AUGGCUGAUGAAUCUCCUAGGAUAGAUCAAAGUUAUGCCAGAAAGGCCAAAGAUACAUUGGCAGGAUUCGCUGGUGGUGCCAUUCAAGUAUUGAUUGGUCAGCCAUUUGACUUGGUCAAAGUGCGGAUGCAGACUGGACAGUUUCAUUCGCCGUAUGAAGUAAUUGCGAAUACGUUGAAAAAUGAAGGAAUCACCGCAUUCUACAAGGGAACUUUAGCUCCUCUAUUCGGAGUCGGUGCUUGCGUUUCCAUUCAGUUUUAUGGAUUCCAUGAAGCCAGAAGGCAGAUAUUAAAAAGACACACCACCGAAAAGGAUUUAACGUUACCGCAGUUUUACCUUGCGGGUGCCUUUGCAGGUGUGGUAAAUACGCCAGUGACAGCCCCGGUGGAACAGAUCCGGAUUCUAUUGCAGGUGCAAACAGAUAACAAGAACAAGAUGUACAAGGGGCCUAAAAAUGCCAUCGCCAAAAUCACCAAAGAGGCAGGGGUGUUUAAUGGUAUCUACAGGGGAGUGUGGGUUACUCUACUUAGAGAGGCCCAGGCUUAUGGUAUGUGGUUUCUCAGUUACGAGUAUAUGAUGAGGGAGGCUAUGAGAAUACAGCAUAAGGACAGAAAAGAAAUCAGCACUCCAUGGUUGCUCACAUUUGGUGCCAUUGCCGGUGAUGUUUUAUGGAUGAGCUCUUAUCCCUUGGAUGUGAUCAAAUCAAGGAUUCAAGGAGAUAAGUUUGGCGCCAGCUCCAAAUAUAACGGUAAGGUUAUUAAAGUCGUCAAUGACAUCAUGGUCAAAGAUGGGUUAAAAGGUUUCUGGAAGGGCAUUGGCCCAACUCUACUCAGGGCUAUUCCGUGUAGUGCAGCCACUUUCACCACCGUCGAGUAUGUGUUGAGAUUGUUAGCUUAG